ACAGGUUUGACCUUUGACCCGCAGUAGUUCACCUCUGACCCCACGCUACGACGAAAGAACAAAGCAGGUAGAGUCCCGGUUUACGCGAGGAGAAAACCAGUCUAGGAAGCAGGAAGGACAUGGCAUCGUCAGAAUAUGGGUCUCCCACCGAUGUAGAACAUGAUGGUGGGUCUCCUACCGAGGGUUUACCAGCUUCAUUGUGUUAGCAAAACAAGUAUUGCUGAAGACCAGACGGCAGUACCAAGAGUCAACCUGAUGUGUGCAACGGCAGAAUCUGGGUCUCCCAUCGGGGUAGAGCAGAAUCGCCAUGAUGGGUAUCCCGCCGGGGUUUCCCAUAUUGACUUUUGCCGCACUUCAAUAAUUGCCGAAGAGCAGACGGCAGACAAAAAGGUUUACUUAAAGAUCGUGAGUGAGCAUACAGGAGAAAAACCCUACAAGUGUGACCAGUGUGACCAUUCUACAUCAGAAAAACCCAACUUGAACAGUCAUCUAGCAACUCACACCAGAGACAAACCCUACAUGUGUGGGGAGUGUGGGUACAGGGCAGUUAGUAGGUCCUACAUAUCCCAGCAUAUGAGAACCCAUACUGGAGAAAAACCCUACAAGUGUGACCAGUGCGACUAUUCAGCAACACAAAAAGGGAAUCUGUCAAGGCACGUACAAGCACAACACAGUGGCGAGAAACCAUACAUGUGUGAGAAGUGUGGAUACAGGACAGCUCAAAAAUCUAAUUUAGUACAGCAUAUGAGAACUCAUACUGGUCAAAAACCCUACAAGUGUGACAAGUGCGACUAUUCUUCAGCACAGAAAUCUAAUUUAGACAAGCAUAUAGCACUAAAACACACCGGUAGAAAAAACCUUGAAGUGUGACCAGUGUGACUAU